AUGGCAUUCCUGAAAGUCAACAGUCUUUCGAGCCGAAACACUAAUACUGAAUCUGGCAUUCUCCGCGCAAAUAACAACACUAGCGUCGAUGUUUUGCUGAACUCGAUCGCCGGCGAGAGCUUGCAAGCAUCAUGGCGUUGUAUUGCACCAUUGGGUAGGUUUGUGGAAAUCGGUAAAGCCGAUUCCGUUCAAAACAGCUACCACGAGGUGAAGAGAUUUCUCGGCUCGGAAACCUUCGAGGGCGUUGACCUUACAGUCGUGGCAAAGUACGAGCCAGACAUUUUCAUUAAGCUUCUGACUGAGGUACUUGAGCUUUAUCGGACCAGUGCUAUCGAAGCCGUCUCGCCCAUCACCUCCUUCGGGAUGUCUGAGAUACAAAUCGCCAUGAGCCUCAUGCAAGGCGGGAAGCAUAUGGGAAAGAAUAUUAUCCGAAGCCAUGGCGACGAGGUCGCACUACCACCUCUCAUUUACACAACAAUAGCGCAUGCAGAUGCGUCGUACCCUAUCACGGGCGGCACCGGAGGAAUAGGACGGUCACUGGCAUCCUGGCUUGCCAAGAACGGUGCCAAACACAUCGUGCUCGUCUCGCGCAGUGGUUCUAGCAGCGCUUCAGCGCACGCACUUGUCGAAGAUAUAGACAUUCUCGACAAUGGCGUUCCUAUCGCAGUCCGAAAGUGCGACGUAAGCAAUCAAGCGCAAUUAGAGGACCUCAUAAAUGGGAUCCAAGGGACGAUGCCACCAACAAAAGAUGUUUCAUGGUGCCAUAAUGCUCCGCGGUUUGAGUACUUCAUCAUGCUGGCAUCACUUUAUAGCAUCGUUGGAACCCGCGGGCAAGCAGCCUACGCAGCAACGAAUACUUUUAUCGACAGCUUAACGGCUUUUCGUCGCUCUCAAAAUCUACUCGCAUCGACAAUCGACAUUGGGUCCUUCGAAGAUGUCGGAUGUGUAGCUGAGGCAGAACAGGAGCUUCGGGUAGUCUUUAGCCAUCUCGCCCGCGACCGGAUACAGGAGAAGUAG